GAUCUGCUAUAAACAGAAUAUGUCACACUAUAUUGAGAUAAAAAAAAAAAAUUAAAAGGUUUUCCUGUUAGUUUUUAUGACCGUCAGGAUAUAUAUAUAUAGUGUCAUUUUCCCGUGCUGUAGUUCAGUCUGCACCCGUUCGUCGAGUAGAGAUGGCCGCAAGGAUCCUCAAGGGUGAACGAAUUUCUCUGCCAGAAACUUCCAUCUUACAAGAAAUAAUCGAUUCCUGCAAGAGACAUGGAGAUAGAGUCUAUUUGGAGGACGCCAGAACAAAGAGACAAUCCACUUUCCGUCAGGUGCUGGACAACGCAGGUGCAAUAAGCUCUACACUUCGAAACCUCGGCCAGGGUCCAGGAAAGGUAGUGAUGAUACUGAGCAAUACUAGUGUCGAAGCUUUAACCACUAACUUUGGCAUCUGGCUAUCCGGAGCAGCUUCGCUCUGUCUCAAUCCAAAUAUUCCAACAGAAGAACACUUCGACAAGGUGAAGGAAGUAGUGUCCCACCUUGACUGGUCCGUUACCAUCAUAUGCCCUAACCGUCAAGAUGGGUCCAUCGAUUACUACAGGUGUCUGGAAGAAGGUAACAGCGCCGAAGGGAUCUUGAUGGAAGGACGGUGGACUGGGAAAGACCAUACUUUGGGUGUCUUCAGUACUAGCGGAACUACUGGUGUACCGAAUGGCGUCAUACUGGGAGAAGGGACUUUCAAAUUGUUCAAUGCAAAUAUGAAAGGUCAUUGGACAGAUAGUUCAAUAUUGCUGCUGCAAUCACCCAUGUAUUGGGUCUCCAAUGCUACUUUGCUAAUCAUCACUGCACAAGGCGGGAGCAAGAUAGUGAUUGCCAGUCGGUUAUCUAUAAAGGAGUUGAUGGAGACAAUCACAGAGUACAAGCGUGACUCCAGCUCACAAGACCGGAUUGACUCAGCUGUGGCUGCAAAAGAACAUUCCAGUGUACAUCUCUGCCUCGGAUUGGCCUACAGCCCUGAUCUUAACCCACUAGAUUAUGGUAUUCGGUCCGAACUGGAGGGGAUGCCAUGUCACAGAGCAUAUCCUAACGUGGAGAGUCUCAAACAAUCUUUGACGACUCAUUGGCUAACCGGCCCGGCAAUCCUCAUCGACUUAUGCAAGGAAGACAACCUCGCCGCGUAUGACUUCUCGUCCUUCAAGAACUUUUACCUCGGAGGAUACGCCCUUUCGCCCCAACAGAGGAAGAUGAUCACCGAGAAAAUGACGGGCAACAGACACAUUAUAAGACAUGUGUAUGGUAGCACUGAGACUGGUAUAGUCACUUACGACCGCACGAUUCCGGACAUCAAUUCGGACAAGUUAGGCAGUAUCGGAAAAGUAGCCAAUGGUGUGGAAAUCAAGGUGGUGGACACGGAAACUGGAAAAAUGCAGCCACCCUAUGCUGUAGGAGAGAUAUGCGUCAAAUCUCCGGGUCUUAUGAAGCGGUAUUUCAACAAAGAAAGAAUUGAAAAUGUAGACGAUGAUGGAUUUUGGCAUACAGGCGAUCUAGGCUACUACGAUGACGAUGAAUACUUCUUCUACAACUCCAGGAUCAGUGACGUAAUGAAGUACAAGGGCUACCAGUUCGCUCCAGCUGAACUGGAAAAGAUUCUUCAGAAACAUCCUGGUGUCCUCGAGUCUUGUGUGGUUGGUAAGACUUGUAUCGGAGAAGGAGAGCUUCCAGCAGCCUUCAUCGUCAAGAAACCAGGUUCAAAUGUAACGGAACAGGAACUUCAUAGUUAUUUAUCAGGGAAAAUCAUCGAUGAGAAGAAGUUGAGAGGUGGAAUCUUUUUCGUCGAAAACCUCCCCAAGAAUCCAACUGGCAAAGUCCAGCGGAAUAAGCUCAAAGAAAUGUUGGGUUAAAACUUAUAUAUAUAUUUUUUUUGUUAAUCAAAUUUCAAGUAUAAUUUGUAUAAGUAUAAUCUUUACCAACUUCAAAUGUAAAUAUAUUAAAAAAAAAGGGUUGGUACCAUUUGCAGUCAUUAAUUUACUAAUUCCUUAAUUAGUAAAGUAAUAAAUCUACAUGGUGAUAGAUUAAAACUUAUUUUUUGAUAUUUUUGUCAUUAGCUAUUUCAAAUUAAUUAUUGUAUAAUAUAAGUAACAUAUAAUAAAUGAAAUGAAGACAGCUUUUAUUAUGUAACACAAUUUUUUUAAUAAUUCAAUAUAAUUAUUUAUAAAUACAUGAAUUAUUUUUAAGUAUUUUUAAUACCUUUUUUCAGAAAUUUAAAUUAUAUAAAUAUACUAGAAAUAUACCCUCUGUCUGCCUAACGGCUGACCGACCCCCAUUUUACAAAUAUACAACUAUUCAUUUAAUUGUACAACUCGUUGUUCAAAUUUUUUAACUGUAAUUUACAUGAAUCCUGUAGUUUAGAUUGUAUUAUUUUUUAUCAACAUAAAAUAAACGGAACGAAACUACGAAUACAGUUCGGAAAAUUUUUAAUUCCUUUAAAUAUCUAUAUUACUCAUCACGCCUAAUUGCCAAUUUAUAUUAUUGUAUAUUUAAAAUUAUUCUUAUUGCCGAUUUGUAACCGUAAUAUAUAUUCAACUUGUUAACCAGCUUAAUAUAAGAUCAAAAUAAAUUUGAG